AUGCACCUCUUCGUGAUAGCAAUUCCCCUUUGCCAUGUACUGGUUGCAGAAUGCUUCAUCCCCAAAGUGGACGUCGCCAUCAUCGGCGGUGGCCUAUCCGGACUCUCCACCGCCAAAGACCUGGCAGCGGCCAACAAAUCCUUCGUCAUAUUAGAAGCACGAGACCGAGUUGGUGGUCGCGUACUCAACUUCAACCUCACAGGAAAGAAUAUCCAAGAACUAGGCGGCGAAUAUGUUGGACCAACACAAAACCGCGUUUUGGCUCUCGCGGCCGAACUCGGCCUCCCAACCUAUAAGACAUAUACGACGGGAAAUUCAACCUUCUAUCGAAACAACACGGUUCACCAUUAUCAAGAUACUUUGGGCGGUAUUCCUCCCGUGGGAAUAGGCUCCCUUAUUGAACUUGCAUUCUUCAUGAACGACAUCAAUACCCUAGCGAGCAAGGUCGACCUAGAAGCACCAUGGAAUACCCCGAAUGCCACGGCGCUGGAUUCAAUGACUCUAGAAACAUACGUCAGUUCCCGAUUAUCCACUGCCGACUCUCGCGUUCUCCUCGAUAUUGCCAUCCCAGCUAUACUGUCGACCGAACUGAGAGAACCGUCUUUGCUGUAUGCAUUGUGGUGUAUAGCUGCCGCUGGAGAUAAAACAGGGCCUGGGACCAUCAACCGUCUCAUUGGGGUGGAGGGGGGUGCACAGGAUAGUCGGGUGAGUGGUGGAACACAGUUACUCGCAACACUUCUCGCCGAGAGACUCGGCUCGCAAAACAUCUACCUGAACACGCCCGUGCGCAAAGUCCAGCUCAAAAAAUCCCGCUAUCUAGUCUCUUCAGAUGAGGUCAAUAUUUCAGCCCGACAUGUUGUCGUCGCCAUGUCCCCACCUCUAGCAAGCCACAUCAUAUUCGAUCCCCUACUACCAGCCGGACGAGAUCAGUUAAACCAGCGCAUGCCCAUGGGGGCACUUGGCAAAGCCAUCGCGAUCUUCCCGACAGCCUGGUGGCGGGAUGAGGGACUCAACGGAGAAGGUGUGAGCGACAUCGGGGCAAUCCGAGUGACAUACGACAACUCGCCGGCGGAUGACUCGUUCGGAGCAAUAAUGGGGUUCAUCGAGGCGGACGAGAUGCGCAAGCUGGAUACUGCGAGCGAGGAGGAGGUAAAGCGUCAAGUCAAGCAGAGUUUUGCUAAUCUCUUUGGUCCGCGCGUUGAAAAUACCACCGAUAUCCUCGUUCAGAGGUGGGAUCUUGAGGAGUUUUCCCGUGGUGGCCCCAGUGCUUUCAUGCCGCCGGGAGUUUUGACACAGUAUGGGUCUUAUUUACGUACUCCAGUUGGGAGGAUCCAUUUUGCCGGGACAGAGACUUCACUGAGGUGGAUUGGGUAUAUGGAUGGGGCUAUUAGCUCGGGAGAACGGGUUGCUGGGGAGAUACUGAAGACUUGGUGA